AUGGAAAACAUAUAUAAUAAUAACAUUUAUGAAUUAAAAAUAUAUUUUUACAAAUGGAUUGAUAUACUUGAGAAGACAAGUAAGAAUAGGAAAAUUUUAUUUAUUUAUGGUUUACAUAAUAUUGAAGAAAAAAAAAAAAAUAUAGGGAAUAAAGAAUUUCAUUAUGAACAAUCAAAAAAAAAAAAAAAAAAAAAAAGUAAUAGUAAUGGUAUCAUAUAUAAAAGAUUGUGUUUAGGUGUGUGCUAUAUUGAACUAAUCAUAUUAAAAAAUGUAAAUGAACGGAUUCAUAAGAUUGAGAUAAAUGAUCAGAAAAAGGAAAUAAAUUGUUGAUUUGAAGGAAGAUAUGUUUAUAAUAUUUCUGAUAUUUUACAAGAAAUUAGUGUUUUUAUAAAAAAUAAAAGAAAGAAAAUUCUUUUAUCCUUUUUAGAGAACAAUGGUGAUGAUUAAGAAAAAUUAAAUAAUGAAAAUAAUAAUAUAACUUACAGUAUUGAGUAAUUAGACAUUUACAUAUAUCUUUUUUUAAGAAAAUAUUUAAAUUAUUACACUGAUGAAAAAAAUUACAAAAUAUUAUAUUUUUAUAACAAUAAAGAAUGAAUUAUAAGUAAAUAUAAUUUUGAUAUUGAUAAUUUUAAAAUAAGGAAUUGGAUUUUUAAUAAUAUAUCUUUCUUGUUACCAUUAAAAAUAAUUCAUGAAAAUGAGAAAAAAAAAAAAAAAAAAAAAUAUACAUAUAAUUUUUUAUCAAUUGAUAAUAGAAAAACAAAUAGUUUGAAAUUAAUACAACAACAUCAUGUAUCUUUGUUUCGUUUAAAUUCAAUAGCAAAAGAAGAAACUAAAAAUUUAUUAUCAAAAAUAUUAAUAAGUAAAUAGCUUCCAGAUAUGCAAGUUCAUGUUAAAAGAUAAAAUAAUUAUAGUGAAAAAAGUGAUAAUUAUUUAUUAAAUAAUUUAUCAAAAAAUAAUUCUAUAUUGUAUUAUUUUUAUUAUAAUAAUUAAUAUAACAAUUCAACUUUUUAUAGAGAAUUAUCUUAUGAUAAUAAUUUAAAUGUAAAUAAAGAAUUUAUUGGAUAUAAAAACUUGUUAACUGAAUAUGUUGGUGAUAUAAAAAAAAAAAAAAAAAACAAAUUAAAAUUACAUAAUUUCCCUUUUAUUUUUACGAAUAAAAAACUAAUGUAUUUAUUUGAAAAUUGCUACAAAGAUCACCUUUUAGAGAAUAUUGAUGAUAAUUAUUAUUAUGUUUUAAAAAUUGAAAAAGAAAAUAUAGAAAAUGUUUUGAUGCAUAUUCACAAUAAUGUAAAUUUAAAAAAUAAUAAAAAUUUUUUUAGUAUACUAAAAAAAAAAAUUUUUAACAAUCAUAUUCUUACUAUUAUAAAAUUUAACAUAAAAAAAUUUUUAAGCAUUUAG